AUGAUGAGAUUGCUGUUUUUGCUUGGCUCAUUUGGUGCUGGGUGCUGCAGCGGGGAGAUCCCUUCAGCAGAGUUUCAGGAUCAAAAACGCCUGGCCUUUGCUCAGCUGAAACUACCCCUCGUCUCGUUCGGCUCGCAACCGCGCCGCCUGGACGGUGGCACGGUAGCAAGCUGCGCAUCAGCCUGUGAAGGUUUCCAAUGCUUCCUUGAUGACAAACAAGCUUGGUCCGAUCAACUGAGAUCCCUCAGCGUACACGAUGAAGAGAGCAUGAGGCUCCAGCUCGCACUCACGGUUCAAGCAGCCGGAUCGGCCUGCUACCAUCGGGCAGCCAUUGAAUGCAGCAAUACCAGCUUCGAGUGCACAGGUGCUCAACAAGUCGAAGGUGACCAUAGGAUGUUCCCUUGCAUCUGCGAGGCUUGCCCCAACUAUUUCAAUGCCAUUAUCAAGGUGAUUCCUAUCUUCGAACAUCUACAGCCCAACGUGAGCAAUUCGGGUGUGAUUCAGGAUCUCAUCUCAGAGCUGUGCCCUGCAAUGGCCACUGUCAAGUGCAUGAUCACAGCUCCAUCCUGUCUUGCGGCAGGUUUCAUGGACAGUCCCACUGGAAGAGCCUUCGAAUACUUAGCAGCCAUGAGACCUCAGUGCAUAUCGUCGAAUCUGCCCAUGGACUACACCGAGGUUUGGUCUUCCUACGUGGAUUUCCUGGAUCAAUUUCGUUGGAUAGCAAAGGAGAAGGAUGAAUUAGCCUCCCGCCUCUCCUCCAGUGUUGUUUUCCGGUCCAAUGGUUUGUUUCAUCAUUUUCUCCAUCGCUCCCUGCAGACGGAUCCCAUUUGCACAGAGCCGGAGCCAGCUCCGCACCCAGCUCGGGCCAAAGGAAUGUAUGCCACUCUGGCGUCGGAGGAGGGCCAAGGAUUUGGAGAAGAGCCCGGGUCACGGCCACGGAAGACCUUCACACCCCGCGAGCUGUACCAGGCGAGUAAAGAAAGCCAGUCGGCUCGAGAGAAGGCCAAAACUGCUGCGAGUGCAGCGCUUGCGUUGAGUGGCUUGGGGGUGCUCGUGUGGCACCACUGGGCCAUGGUGGCCAGUUUCAACUGCCUCGGGGGUGGGCUGAUGCUCUUGGGCGCCGUCUUGGCCCCACGGCCCUCCCUGGGUGAGAAGGAAGGGCAGGGCCGCUUGAAGCUGAAGCUCUUGAACAACUCGGAACGCUGGAAGGCGGAUCAGAAGGCCUUGCAAGAAUUGCUGGGUGCGGGCGCCCCUCCGGCGCCGCUGCUCAAGGCGCAAGGUGAAGAAGAGAAGGAGGACGGAAAGCAGCUGAAAGAAGCGUUGCAGCAGCGAAAUGAAGAGAUUCAGGAAGCGCUGCAGGCAGGGGAGGCGGUGUCUUCCAUUGAGGCACGUUUGCGUCCCAAGACCUUCGUGUUUGACUUCCAUGAUGGGAUCGCAGGAGCGGCUCAACCGGAGAAAAUGAAGAAACAACUGGAGGACUUGCGCGACAUCGUGACCUUUAUCCUCCACACGGCCAAGAGUCCCCACGACCAGGCCGUGGUGCGAAUCGGCUCCCCUGGUGGCAGGGUGACAGACUAUGGUUUCGCAGCUGCACAGCUAUUGCGACUGCGAUCCAAGGGGCUGACCCUCACAGCGUGUGUCGAUAAGGUGGCUGCCUCUGGAGGCUACAUGAUGGCAUGUGCUGCCAACAGCGUGGUGGCCACACCCUUUUCCUUGGUUGGCUCCAUAGGUGUGCUGACUUCCACCCCCAACUUCUCGAAAGUCUUGAAGAGGCACGAGAUCGACUGGAUCCAGAUCACCGCGGGAAAGUGGAAACGCACCGUGGAUCCCUUGAGCGAAAUCACCGAGGAACAACGCGCCAAGGCUCAGGAGGACGUGCAGGCAGUUCACGAGGCCUUUAAAGGCAUGGUGCAACAACAGAGGAACAGCCUGGAUGUGGAUGAGGUCGCCACGGGCGAAGUCUUCCUGGGUGCUGAGGCGAUGCAACGUGGUUUGGUGGAUCGCCUGGCCACCAGCGAUGAGGCGGCGAAGCCCCGGGGGAUUUGA